AAGGUAAGCUUAGCUUAGCGUCUCAAAUGUUUCCUUUUACUUUUGGGUCAAAAAUUGGAUCGCUAAGUGUUCGUCAAAAUCAGUUUUUAUAAAAAUUCAACACUUGAUCAACGUUUAUUUUGGUUUUAUUAUUAGUAAGCGAUCAUCAUCUUCAUCGUCUGGCAUCAGAACCUCUUCCUUUCUUUCAAUUUCUCUGCUGUUCAAGGUUUUUUUUUCAGUUCAAAAUUUCAAAUGGAUACUCCAUUGCCUCUGGAUAAAUUAUCUUUAGGAUCAAUAACCAAUGGGGACAAGAUAUAUGUUGUGUUAGUAGCUACUGGGAGCUUCAAUCCUCCUACUUUUAUGCAUUUACGGAUGUUUGGCCUCUCAACUAUUCUCUUCUCUCUAUUUUUGUUCUCUUUCGGUGCUGGAAACUUCCUCCAUGAAUGUCGAUACUAUUCCUCCAUGAUCUGAUCUAGCCUUAGAUCAUGGCUGGCAGCAAGAAAACCGGCACUACAUCUGGCGCAGCCGGAGCUUCUUCCCCUCAAACUGGUCCUCCAGAACAGACAGACCUCGUUGACAUCUUCAAAAACUGAGAUCUGCAAGAAGAGCUUUCUUCGAUUUGUAAUCAGCACCUCCUUCAAAUUUGCAUGCUCUGUAUCCUCAACUUCACAGACACUUCCUCCCUUUCCAACUCAAACCAGACUAGGAGCCUUGGCUCGGCAGAUUUGGGUCUUGGCCAACUAACAAGUCUGAUGACUGGCCUGCCUGGGUUGCUCGGCUGGAAAAACCCUUCAGAAACACAUGGAAAACACUGGGUUUGUACGAAUUUAUUCAGAUGACCACCUACCAAACGUCCAUGGAUAGGGUUUUGCUUGGAACUGCCUUACUGUUUUGGUCUGGGUCUUAUAAUUGUUUUCAUUUCCCUUGCGGUGCUAUGUCUGUUACUUUGUUUGACAUUUGUUCUCUUACUGGUCUGCCUUGCAUUGGAGAAGAAAUCACAGCCUUAUUG